UCUGCGACUAUUAUUUGCGGUGGUUCGCAACUCUCCAAUGUCACGUGUAGAAAGCUUUUUAAGAAUUAUCUAUUGAAUCACGGUCGAGUUGUAUAUUCAGAGACAAUGUUGAUCCCAUUCAGAAGGGCGUUGCUUACUGCAAUCCGAAAACACAACUGUAGGCUGUUUUCCGAUUCGACUGUCACUUCCAGUACACGAAAAGGUUUAGUUUUAGGCGUGUAUGAGCAACAGUCGGACAGUGAUGGGGUGUCUUUCACUGAGGCUGCUGCGGCGUUUGACAGGUCGCUCUCCGGGAGACUGUCAGAAAUUCUCUCGCUCUCUGGUCCUCCUCUGAAGAAAGGCAAGAGCAGGAUCUUCUAUGGUUUACAUCAGGACUUCCCUAGUGUAGUUGUGGUUGGCCUUGGUAAAAGCGACACAGGUGUGUGUGGAAAGGAGAACUGGGAUAACUGCAAAGAAAACAUUCGUGCAGCUGUGUCGGCUGGCUGCAGGCAGCUUCAGGAUCUGGAGGUUGCUCACGUGGAAGUGGAUCCUUGUGGAGAUGAGCAGUCAGCAGCAGAGGGCGCUGUGCUCGGCCUUUUUGAGUAUGAUGAGCUCAAGACCAAAAAGAAGAUCCGUGUUACGACCCGACCACAUGGGAGUGUUGAUGCAGCAGCAUGGCAGAAAGGUGUUCUGUAUGGGGACGGGCAGAACCUGGCCAGACAACUGAUGGAGGCUCCUGCCAAUCACGUCACUCCCACUGUGUUCGCAAAUACUAUCGAGCAGAAACUCUCACUUUUUGCUGAUCGAGUGAUUGUCCACAAGAGGCCUCACUCUUGGAUUGAAAGUGAGCAAAUGGGGGCUUUUCUCAGUGUGUCUAAAGGCUCUGAAGAGCCCCCUGUCUUUCUGGAGCUGCAUUACAAAGGCAGUUCAGACUCUGCACAGCCUCCUCUCGUGCUGGUUGGCAAAGGAAUCACCUUUGACAGUGGUGGUAUUUCACUGAAACCAUCUUCAGGCAUGGAUGCCAUGAGAGCGGAUAUGGGUGGAGCAGCCACUGUGUGUUCUGCCAUCGUGACAGCAGCCGCUCUGAAAAUCCCCAUUAAUAUAAUCGGUUUGGCACCGCUCUGCGAAAAUAUGCCAAGUGGAAAAGCAAACAAGCCGGGUGAUGUUGUACGUGCCAAAAAUGGCAAAACCAUUCAGAUUGACAACACGGAUGCUGAGGGCAGACUGAUUUUGGCUGAUGCUCUCUGUUAUGCUCAUAGUUUCAAGCCCAGAGCAAUUAUUAAUGCUGCCACGCUCACAGGUGCCAUGGAUGUGGCUUUAGGUUCUGCUGCCACUGGAGUGUUCACCAACUCUGAUUGGCUGUGGGAGCGGCUGCAUAAGGCCAGCGUUGUUACUGGUGACAGGGUGUGGAGGAUGCCACUGUUUCAGCACUAUACCAAACAAGUAACUGACAGCGCUCUGGCAGACCUGAACAACGUUGGAAAAUACAGCCGUUCUGGUGGCGCCUGCACUGCUGCUGCCUUCCUCAGAGAGUUUGUGAGUGCCGAACACUGGGCUCAUCUGGACAUCGCUGGGGUCAUGACCAAUAAAGACGAGGUCCCGUACCUGAGGAAAGGAAUGUCUGGAAGACCUACACGCACUUUAGUGGAGUUCGCUGCCGGUUUGGCCUCUGACGUGUGACCUUUGACCUGGCCGAUGUAUAUUCAUGAUGAUCAGUGUUCAGAAUAAUAGCCUAUGGUUAGAAAUACUUUUGCUGCCGGAUUUAGCACACACCUUUCAACAAGUGAUCAAGAAAUACAGACGAAAUGUUUCAUGGCAAGAACAGAAAAACAGUGUCUUAUGGAAACUGCUGACAAGCAUUACUAGAAACUGCAAGGCUGUUGCUAAAUUCUAGUUACAGUGUAACUGGUAACAAAACCAGAGAAUGGAAGACCAGUUUAGCAGAUUGCCUUUU